AUGUCUCCGCCUGUCCAGACCACGUCCAACAACGUACAGGCCAUCAUUGAGAGUCGUGUGGAGAAGAGGACUAAAGGUGUAUAUGUGCCUGUGGGCGGUAAGCGCAUGCUGUCCUUCCUGGACGACCUGAACAUGCCGGCCAACGACGACUUUGGCUCCCAGCCGCCGCUGGAGCUGCUCCGCCUCUGGAUCGACUACGGCUUCUGGUACGACCGGCAGAAACAGACCCUCAAGUGUGUCAAGGACAUGUUCCUGCUGGCGUCUAUGGGUCCACCUGGUGGGGGGAGGACUCACAUCUCAGGCCGCCUGCAGAGCCGCUUCAACCUCAUCAACAUGACCUUCCCUACUGAGUCUCAGAUCAAGCGUAUCUAUGGUACUAUGAUCAACCAGAAGCUGCAGGAGUUUGAGGAGGAGGUGAAGCCUAUAGGUUCCGUCCUGACCCAGGCCACCUUGGAGCUCUACUACUCUACCGUCGCCCGCUUCCUGCCCACGCCCGCCAAGAUACACUACCUCUUCAACCUCAGAGACAUCUCCAGGGUGUUCCAGGGUUUACUGCGAGCUCACAGAGACUUCCACGACACCAAGCAGAGCAUCACCAGACUGUGGAUACACGAGUGCUUCAGGGUGUUCUCAGACCGUCUGGUGGACCAGAGUGACACAGAGGCCUUCGUAGGGCUGUUGACUGAGAAACUAGGCUCUCUGUUUGAACUCACCUACCACAGCAUCUGCCCCAACAAACAACCACCCAUAUUCGGGGACUUCCUGAAGGAGCCUCGUGUGUAUGAGGAUCUAGUGGACUUCAAGACGUUGAAGGGUUUCAUGGAGUCUCAGCUGGAGGACUACAACCUGACCCCUGGAGUGGUGCCCAUGUCCCUGGUGCUGUUCAGAGACGCCAUAGAACACGUAACCCGUGUGGUGCGUGUGAUCAGCCAGCCCAGAGGGAACAUGCUGCUGGUGGGCAUCGGGGGCUCAGGUAGACAGAGCCUUUCCAAGAUGGCCGCCUCCAUCUGUGAGUACCUGGUCUUCCAGGUGGAAGUCACCAAGCAGUACCGCAAGCAGGAGUUCAGAGAGGACAUAAAGAAGUUGUAUCGUCUGACGGGUGUGGACAACAAGCCCACAGUGUUCCUGUUCAACGACACACAGAUAGUAGACCAGUCUUUCCUAGAGGACAUCAACAACAUCCUCAGCUCUGGAGAGGUGCCCAACCUCUACAAACAGGACGAGUUUGAAGAGGUGUCCAGUGCUCUGUCGGACUGGGCCAGGAAAGAGAACAUCGUUGAGACUCCAGACUCCAUGUUCAACUACCUGAUAGAGAGAGUGAGGAACAACCUGCACAUCGUGCUCUGCAUGAGCCCUGUGGGAGACCCCUUCAGGAACUAUAUCCGUCAGUACCCAGCCCUGGUGAACUGUGCCACCAUCGACUGGUUCUCCGAGUGGCCCAGAGAUGCCCUGUUGGAGGUGGCUGAGCGAUACCUGGACGGACUGGCCCUGGGCACCGUGGAGGGGAUCCAGACCAAAGUGGCCAGUAUCUUUGUGACCAUGCACCAGUCUGUGGCCCAGUUCUCCCAGAGGAUGAAGCUGGAGCUGAAGAGACACAACUACGUCACUCCUACCAACUACCUGGAGCUGGUGUCUGGAUACAAAAAGCUGCUGGCUGAGAAGCGCAUUGAGCUGGGGGAGCAGGUGUCCAAGCUGAGGAACGGCCUGUUUAAGAUAGACGACACGCGCAUCAAGGUGGAGGCCAUGUCUGUGGAGCUGGAAGAGGCCAAGAAGAAGGUGGCUGACUUCCAGAAGCAGUGUGAGGAGUACCUGGUCAUCAUCGUCCAGCAGAAGAGAGAGGCCGAUGAACAGCAGAAGACUGUGAGUGCCCACAGUGAGAAGAUCGGAGCAGAAGAGAUCAAGUGUAGGGCCAUGGCUGAGAACGCCCAGAGAGACCUGGAUGAAGCCGUGCCUGCUCUGGAGGAGGCCAUGAAGGCGUUGGAGUCCCUGAAUAAGAAGGACAUGACAGAGAUCAAGUCGUACGGCCGUCCCCCGACCCUGGUGGAGACCGUCAUGCAGGCUGUUAUGAUCCUCAGAGGCAAUGAGCCCACCUGGGCAGAGGCCAAGAGACAGCUGGGCGAGGGCAACUUCAUCAAGCAGCUGGUCCACUUUGACAAGGACAACAUCUCAGACCGCGUACUGAAGAAGAUCGGCCAGUACUGCACCCAGCCAGACUUUCAUCCAGAGAUCAUAGGACGGGUCUCCCUGGCCGCCAAGUCUCUCUGUAUGUGGGUCAGAGCCAUGGAGGUGUAUGGUCGUAUCUUCAGGGUGGUGGAGCCUAAGAGAGCCAGGCUAAACGGGGCCAUGUCCCAGCUGGCAGAGAAACAGGCUUCCCUGGCAGAGGCCCAGGCGAAACUCAUUGAGGUAGGGGAGAAGUUGGACCUGUUGAAGAGGCAGUAUGAUGAGAAGCUGGCUCAGAAGGAGGAGUUGAGGAGGAAGUCAGAGGACAUGGAGAUCAAACUGGACCGGGCCGGGAAACUGGUGUCUGGACUGGCUGGAGAGAGAAUCCGCUGGGAGGAGACUGUGGUGGGUUUGGAGACGAACAUGGGUUUUCUGGUAGGAGACUGUCUGCUGGCUGCAGCCUUCCUCUCCUACAUGGGACCUUUCCUCUCCAACUACAGAGACCAGCUGGUCUCUAUCUGGAUGAAACAGGUGCGUGAGUUGGAGGUGCCGUGUUCUCCAGGUUUUAGUUUUGCUGUGUUCCUGUCCAAGCCCACGGCCGUAAGGGACUGGAACAUCCAGGGUCUGCCCUCCGACGCCUUCUCCACCGAGAACGGAGUCAUCGUCACCCGCGGCAACCGAUGGCCGCUGAUGGUGGACCCACAAGGCCAAGCCCUGAAGUGGGUCAAAAGUAUGGAGAUGAAGAGGGGUCUGAAAGUGAUAGACCUUCAGAUGCCAGACUUCCUGCGUAUCUUGGAGAAUGCGGUCCAGUUUGGUUCUCCGGUUCUGCUGCAGAACGUCCAGGAGGAACUGGAUCCCUCGCUGGCCCCCAUCCUCAACAAGUCUCUCACACACGUCGGUGGAAGGCUCCUGUUGAAGUUAGGUGAUAAAGAGGUGGAGUACAGCCCAGAGUUCAGAUUCUACAUCACCACCAAGCUGUCCAACCCUCACUACACCCCCGAGAUCUCCACCAAGACCACCAUCGUCAAUUUUGCUGUCAAGGAGCAGGGCCUGGAGGCCCAGCUCCUAGGGAUCGUGGUGAGGAAGGAGCGUCCAGAGUUAGAGGAGCAGAAGGACUCUCUAGUCAUCAACAUCGCCUCUGGCAAGAGGAAACUACAGGAGCUGGAGGACGAGAUCCUCAGGCUGUUGAACGAGGCAACGGGUUCUCUCCUGGAUGAUGUUCAGCUGGUGAACACCCUGCAGACAUCUAAAGUGACGGCCACAGAGGUCUCAGAACAACUGGAGACCAGCGAACUGACUGAGAUCAAGAUCGACACGGCCAGAGAGGCGUACCGUCCUUGUGCCCAGCGGGCCUCUAUCCUGUUCUUUGUAUUAAACGAUAUGGGCCGUAUCGACCCCAUGUACCAGUUCAGUCUGGAUGCCUACAUAGACCUGUUCAACCUCAGCAUAGAGAAGAGUCAGCGCUCACACAAACUGGACGAGAGGAUUGCCAACCUCAACGACUACCACACAUACGCUGUCUACAGGUACACGUGUCGUGGUCUGUUUGAGGUCCACAAGCUGCUCUUCAGUUUCCAGAUUUGUGCCAAGAUCCUGGAGGUGGCUGGUAAACUCAACAUGGACGAAUACAGCUUCUUCCUCAGGGGAGGAUUGGUUCUAGAUAAAGAGAGUCAGAUGGAGAACCCGUGUUCUAGCUGGCUGGCUGAGUCGAACUGGGACAACGUGACAGAGCUGGACAAGCUGGCUAACUUCCACGGCCUCAUGGCCUCCUUCGAACAGUACCCCCGAGACUGGAACCUUUGGUACACGAGUGCCGGGCCUGAGACCGCACAGCUACCUGGUGAGUGGGAGAAUGGUUGUAAUGAGCUCCAGAGGAUGUUGAUCGUGCGCUCGCUGCGCCAGGACCGCGUCGCCUUCUGCGUCGCCGCCUUCAUCAUCAACAACCUGGGAUCACGUUUCGUGGAGCCGCCCGUACUCGACAUGAAGGCUGUGGUGGAGGACUCGACCACUAAGACUCCCCUGAUAUUCGUGUUGUCUCCGGGGGUGGACCCUACAGGAGCCCUGCUACAGCUGGCUGAGGCCUCAGGGAUGAGCAGGAAAUUCCAUGCCCUCUCCCUGGGCCAGGGUCAAGCCCCCAUUGCCACACGCAUGAUCAAAGAGGGAGUGAAGAGCGGUCAUUGGGUGUUCCUGGCUAACUGCCACCUGUGUCUGUCCUGGAUGCCCCAGCUGGAUAAGUUAGUGGAAUUGCUGCAGGUGGAGGAGCCCCAUCCUGACUUCAGACUGUGGCUCAGCUCCUCUCCUCACCCUGACUUCCCCAUCGCUAUCCUGCAGGCCGGCAUCAAGAUGACCACCGAACCGCCUCGGGGUGUGAAGUCCAAUAUGAAACGCCUGUACCAGCUAGUGACAGAGGGACAGUUCACACGCUGUGCCCGGCCUGUGCUCUACAGGAAGCUGCUCUUCGCCCUCUGUUUCUUCCACAGCAUCCUUCUAGAGAGGAAGAAGUUCCUACAGCUGGGCUGGAACAUUAUCUACGGCUUCAACGACUCUGACUUCGAGGUUAGUGAGAGUCUGAUGAGUCUGUAUUUAGAUGAGUACGAGGAGAUCCCCUGGGACGCCCUCAAGUACCUGAUCGCCGGGGUCAACUACGGCGGUCACGUGACGGACGACUUUGACAGACGCCUGCUCACCACGUACAUCAACGACUACUUCUGUGAGGCCGCCGUCGCCGCGCCAUUCUUCAAACUCUCCUCUCUCGCUACCUACUACAUCCCUCGGGACGGGCCCCAGUCCUCCUACAGGGAGUACAUCAGCCACCUCCCAGCCACGGAGCACCCCGAGGUGUUCGGCCAGCACCCCAACGCCGACAUCGCCUCCCAGAUUGCUGAGACCAGGACCCUGUUUGACACCCUGCUCUCCCUGCAGCCCCAGGUCACUAGUGGAGCUACUGCCGGAGCAGCCGCCGGGCCCAGCAGAGAGAAUAAGGUAUUGGAGUUAGCAGCAGACGUGCUGCAGAAGAUCCCAGGCCUGAUAGACUAUGAAGGGACCAGGGUCCUGCUGGCUGACGACCCCUCACCUCUCAACGUGGUCCUACUGCAAGAGAUCCAGAGAUACAAUGCCCUGCUACACACCAUCAGGUCGUCUCUGAUAGAGCUGGAGAAGGGUAUCAAGGGUCUGGUGGUGAUGUCUAGCAGCCUGGAGGAAACAUUCCACUGCAUCUUCGACGCCCGCGUCCCCCCACUUUGGGUUAAGGCCUACCCGUCUUUGAAGCCGCUGGCAUCGUGGACCAGGGACCUGUGCCAGCGCGUGGAGCAGUUUGCCCGCUGGGCGGAGACAGCCCACCCCCCUACCCUCUUCUGGCUCUCUGGCUUCACCUUUCCCACUGGCUUCCUCACCGCUGUGUUACAGUCGUCCGCACGUCAGCACAGCGUGUCAGUGGACACUCUAUCCUGGGAGUUCAUUGUUGCGACAGUGGACGACAACAACCUCCUCUUCCCACCCAAGGACGGGGUGUUUAUCCGGGGGCUGUAUCUGGAAGGGGCUGGCUGGGACAAGAAGAACUCUUGUCUGGUGGAGGCUAAGCCAAUGCAGCUGGUCUGCCCCAUCCCCACCAUCCACUUCAAACCUGUUGAGAACCGCAAGAAGAUAGCCAAGAGUAUGUACUUGUGUCCGUGCUACUACUUCCCAGUGCGUUCGGGCGAUGGGGGCAGACCCUCCUUUGUGGUGGGGGUGGAUCUGAAGUCUGGAGCUGUGCCUUUUGACCACUGGAUCAAGAGAGGAACCGCUCUGCUCAUGAGUCUAGACAACUAAGGGGCUACACACACACACAGUAUACCCAACCUUCAUGCACAUCUCGGAAUCACACUGUAUUAAUGAAUACAAUAAUCUUACGUAAAACACAAACAUUCUCCACCACAUGCCUUUUGAAUAGACAUUUUAAUAUUUUGUAAGUUCAUUUGCAUCAUUCCUGUUAUUUAUGUCAGGGUUUUAUUUGUUUAAAAAUAUUCAAAUUCCUCAAAAAAUGAACUGAAAUGAUUGUACUUUAUUCUAAUAUUUUUUAAUAAUUAGAAUCAAAUAUGAAUUAAUUAACUGAUUUUGCAAAUAAAAUAAAUAAAUGUUGAUGAUUUA